AUAUUUGUUGCUCCACAAAAAACUAAACAGAAGAAAAAGGAAGUGGUGUCUCUAUCACCGCGACCACCGACAAUAUGUAGCUCCAUUUUGAGAAAGUCGUGGCUUGGUCUUGGGUUUUCUUUCAAUUUCUCUGCGCUGCUAUCAAUGGCGGAAAUCGGAAAGAAGUUGAAGCUCAAUUCCGGCUGGCUUGCCGCGAGAUCGACCGAGAUCGAGCUCACUGGGACUCAGCUUACAACUACUCAUCCUCCCUCGAUCGGUCCUUCUUCGCCAUGGAUGGAGGCCGCACUCCCCGGAACUGUACUGGGGACUUUGGUGAAGAACAAAGUUAUUCCUGAUCCUUUCUAUGGAUUAGAAAAUGAAACUAUAAUUGAUAUAGCUGAUUCUGGGAGAGAGUACUACACAUUCUGGUUCUUCACAACUUUUCAAUGUAAACUGUCAGAAUCUCAGCACUUGGACCUGAAUUUCCGCGCUAUAAAUUACUCUGCAGAUGUGUACAUAAAUGGUCACAAAAGUGUCCUGCCAAAAGGGAUGUUUAGAAGGCAUUCUCUUGAUGUCUCUGAAGUUUUGCAUCCUGAUGGUACAAAUUUACUAGCUGUUCUAGUGCACCCUCCAGAUCAUCCGGGAAGAAUCCCGAUAGAGGGAGGUCAGGGCGGUGAUCAUGAGAUUGGAAAAGAUGUCGCUGCACAAUAUGUCGAGGGUUGGGAUUGGAUGGCUCCCAUAAGGGAUCGAAACACUGGCAUAUGGGAUGAAGUAUCAAUUUCUAGGACUGGGCCAGUGAGGAUUAUUGACCCUCACUUGGUAUCGACAUUUUAUGACAAUUAUGAGAGAGUUUACUUGCAUGCUACUCUGGAGUUGCAAAACAGAAGCUCUUGGGAUGCAGAUUGUUCUGUGAAAAUUCAAGUGACCACUGAACUAGAAGGUAACAUUUGCUUGGUUGAGCAUCUUCAGGCUCGGAAGGUGUCUGUUCCUGCUAGAUCAACUGUACAAUAUACAAUUCCUCAGCUCUUUUUCUACAAACCCAAUCUGUGGUGGCCGAACAGAAUGGGAAAGCAAUCGUUAUAUAAUGUUGAUAUAUCCGUAGACGUAGAUGGAUUUGGGGAGUCUGAUUCCUGGAGUCAUCAUUUCGGAUUCCGUAAAAUUGAAAGCGAUAUUGAUACUGCAACUGGUGGAAGGCUGUUCAAGGUCAAUGGCCAGCCUAUAUUUAUUCGCGGUGGCAAUUGGAUAUUGUCUGAUGGGUUACUCCGACUUUCAGAGAAACGAUAUCAUACCGACAUUAAGUUUCAUGCUGAUAUGAAUUUUAACAUGAUUCGUUGUUGGGGUGGUGGAUUGGCCGAGAGACCAGAGUUUUAUCAUUUUUGUGACAUUUACGGCUUGUUGGUGUGGCAAGAAUUUUGGAUUACUGGAGACGUCGAUGGACGUGGUGUGCCAAUAUCAAAUCCUGAUGGCCCUCUGGAUCAUGAUCUUUUCUUGCUUUGCGCGAGAGACACGGUUAAGCUUUUGAGGAACCACCCUAGUCUUGCUCUUUGGGUCGGGGGGAACGAACAAGUUCCACCACCUGAUAUCAAUGCUGCAUUGAAAGACGACUUGAAACUUCAUCCUUAUUUUCAAAUGUCGAGCAAAAGUGAGAACUGGAUGGGCAUUUCAUCGGAUCCUAGCCAAUAUCUUGAUGGUACUCGUGUUUACAUACAAGGAUCCAUGUGGGAUGGAUUUGCAGAUGGAAAGGGAAACUUCACUGAUGGUCCUUAUGAAAUCCAAUACCCCGAAAACUUUUUUAAGGAUGAUUUUUAUAAGUAUGGAUUCAAUCCCGAGGUUGGUUCUGUAGGCAUGCCCGUUGCCACUACCAUCCGAGCCAUGAUGCCUCCUGAAGGGUGGCAGAUUCCAUUGGUCACGAAACUCCCCAGUGGCUAUGUAGAAGAAGUUCCAAACCACAUUUGGGAUUACCAUAAAUACAUUCCCUAUUCUAAACCAGAUAAGGUUCAAAGUCAGAUUGAACUUUACGGUUCUCCAAAAGAUCUCGAUGAUUUUUGUUUGAAGGCUCAACUUGCUAACUAUAUCCAAUAUCGAGCUCUAAUCGAAGGCUGGAAUUGCCGUAUGUGGAAGAAGUACACGGGCUUUCUAAUCUGGAAAACGCAAAAUCCUUGGACGGGUCUAAGAGGUCAGUUCUACGAUCAUCUCCUCGACCAAACAGCAGGUUUCUUUGGGUGUCGUUGUGCUGCAGAACCUAUCCACGUCCAGCUGAAUCUUAGCACAUAUUGCAUAGAGGUUGUAAACACUACGUCGGAGGAGAUAUCUGGUGUUGCCAUUGAAGCCUCGGUGUGGGACCUCGAAGGGACGUGCCCAUAUUAUAAAGUUUUCGAGAAACUCUCCCUGCCGCCGAAGCAGACAUCGUCCAUUGUCGAGAUGGAGUAUCCCAAGUCUGAGAAUCCCAAGCCCGUCUACUUUCUUCUUCUCAAGCUGUACGAGGUCUCGAACUACGGUAUCAUAUCGAGGAACUUCUACUGGCUGCAUCAGUCUGGAGGAGAUUACAAGCUCUUGGAGCCUUACAGAGAGAGGAACAUUCCCAUUCAGGUUACAUCUCAGGUUGAUGUAACAGGAUCCACCUACGAAGUCAGAAUGAAUGUUCAGAACAAAUCAAAGAAUGCAGAAUCUUCAAGCUUAACCUACAAGAACAACUUUAUCCAUAGACACGGCAAAGGCGAUUUUGAUUCGAAUUCUGCAAUUCUUGGAAAUAAAGAACAGACCGAUGACAAACGCAGCAGUGCUGGUCUGUUUCACAGGAUCUGCCGACGUAUAGGUAUGGGAAACAGCAGUCAGAGGUCCGUUGAAACAGACGGGAAUGAUGUCGGAGUCGCCUUCUUCCUUCACUUUUCAGUUCAUGGUUCCAAAGUAGAGAGUAAAGAAGGAGAGGAUACAAGAAUUCUUCCAGUUCACUACUCAGACAACUAUUUUUCUUUGGUUCCUGGUGAGGUUAUGUCCAUCAAGAUCUCCUUUGAGGCCCCUCCUGGUGUCACCCCAAAAAUUACUCUUCAUGGUUGGAAUUUUCCUCAGGGUUUAACUAUCCUCCGUUAAUACAAUUACGGUCAACUAAGUCAACUUCCUUUCCUGCUGUCGAAGGAACCUUCAAUGGAUUUUCUAUUAAUAAAUUCGUACAGAACUAUCAACGAAUUUCCAUAAAAUCAAAGGUCUACACGAUUUUCCCAUUCAAAA